GUCACUAAAUGUUUGAUAGUGCGCCACGAAGGAAUAUUAUACCGCGAUUCAUACGUUGAUCCAUUGAUACAUCCAUCCUUUCUUCCACACUUUCUUGUCACCUUUGCAGGUAUUAGCGCACCCCCGAAUUCCAUCCGUAGUGCUAGCAGCGUGCGCUGGUGUGUGCUGGUUGAACCUGCACCGACUCGCAAACAAUUCGGCUUUUGUACUAAAGUCCGUCGCCGAAAAUGUCGUCUGCUUCCGAUCCACAAGGCUGGGUGACGAAUCCACCAUCCGUGCUCGUCAAGGUACGAGAUAUUACCGCCAAACCCCACUUGAACGGCGAGCUCGGGGUCGUCGUCGGCUACCUUCCGGACCGCACGCGCUACGUCGUCGUCACCUGUCGCCAGCAGGAACAGCUGUCGCUCAAGCCGGAGAAUCUUCACAAGGCCAACUUCCUCGAACAAGCCAAAGGACAAUACCAGCUCCUCACGAAUGAUCCUCGUGUGCGACGACAAUUGCAGCAAGUUUAUCAUCGCGUACAGACAAAACUGCCGGCCCCGUUGCAACCGGAACACGUUGCGGUCGUCUUGCUCCUCCUUAUUCUAGCCAGCGGAUACUUUCUGGGUGUCAGCAAAACACUCAUGAUCGUCUCUCUUUUACUCGGCCUAGCCACUCUGGCGGGUCCGGAAAUUGCGGCGGGCAAGAGUUGGGAACAAAUUGGGCGGGACUUGCCGCGUAGGGCCACGAGCACCUUGCAAGACACCAUCCGACAGAGCGUUCCCUACGUCGGACCCAAGUUGGCCGAUACGCCUUACGUCGUCCCCGCACUUCUCGGUAUCCUGCUCGCCGGGACCGUCAAGGUGUUACUUCUACCGGCUCAACCCCGCGUGCCCUUGGAGACGGCGGCCACGGCGUUGCGGACGGAACCCGGGGCGCCCAGGCGUGGCGGGGCCCUACCGGACGCGGAAGAACUCUACAAGCUAGGGUUCGACGACGCCACCAGUAAUUUGGCCUUUGGGACGUCGUUGUCACCCCCAUCCGUGGUGCCGGACGACUUUCUCGUCAACGAUGACUACAGCGAUAUGCCGUCCUUGACGACGAAUACGCGGGUAUCCCCGUGGAACUGGAGUACGCUCAUGAGUGUUUUCUAUCUCGGACGGACCGUGUAUGCCUUGGGCUGGGAUCCGGUACAGGGCGCAUGGAGUUGGGGACGUGCCAAGGCCAAUUUGGUGACCCAGCCUACCUAUCAAUCCGCCUUUUUGGCCUUGUCCGUCUAUCGGGUUGUCAGUGCCAUAGCGGCUUCGCGGUAAUGGCUUACGACCUGGACGACACCGUGACAUGAAAGGAG